AUGGUAGUCCUAGCUGCUCCAUCCAGUACGUGCUGCAUUAAGACCGUCGAGCAUACUGGUAGUGCUCGUGGGACUGUCGAGAAGAUAGCCGGGAUCGACACAUAUAUCGCGUGUCCGACCGAUGCCGAAGACACCAAGAAGAUCAUCCUAUACUUUUCGGACGUCUAUGGCCCGAUGUUCUUGAAUGCACAGCUGGUCAUGGACUACUGGGCGUCCAACGGCUACCUUGUCCUCGCUCUGGAUUACUUCGUCGGCGAUUCGAUCGGCAAGCACGUUAGCAAGCCUGGCUUCCAAGUCAGCGAGUGGGUCGAGCCCAAGGUCGCGCAAGCCAACGAGAUGGUGCCCCGUUGGCUCGAGGCGGUUAAGGAGCAAUAUGGUACUCCGGACACGAAAUGGGUCGCUGCUGGAUAUUGCUUUGGCGCACCGUUCGUGCUGGAUUGCGUCGCAUAUGACUGGAUCUCUGCAGGAGCUUUUGCCCACCCCGUAUUCCUCGACGAAGAGCAUUUCCGGCGCGCAAGGAAGCCGUUGCUGCUGUCGUGCUCGGAGGAUGACUACGCGUUCCCGAGCGAGAAACGUCGGAGGGCAGUAGACAUACUUGUCGAGAACAAGACGACUUACCAUGUGCAAGUCUUUUCUGGCGUCGCGCACGGGUUUGCGAUGUGGGGAAAUUUGCGCGAACCUGUUGCCAAGUGGGCAAAGGAGACAAGCGCGCGGAGCAUUCUCAGUUGGUUUGAUCUAUUCUGUGCAUGA